AUGGAGCAGGAUGAUAUUUCACCACUGCAGCACUUUGUGGUGGCAAAAAGGACAAUAAGUGCUGUUUUUGAUCAGCUGCUGGAGUUUGUCAGAGAGGGAUCCAAUUUUGUAGAAGAGACCCGGAAGAGUGAGGAUUUAGAGCAUGUAGCUGAGGAGGAGCAGUGCCUGCAGAUCCAGGCCUGCUCCAGGAAACUCAGCGUCAUCAAAGAUGUGUUAGCCCGCAGACAUAUGAAGGUGGCCUUCUUUGGCAGGACGAGUAAUGGAAAGAGUACAGUCAUUAAUGCCAUGCUCUGCGAGCGAGUUCUGCCCAGUGGAAUCGGACACACCACCAACUGUUUCCUAAGUGUGGAGGGCACAGACGGAGAACAUGCCUACUUUACCACUGACAACUCUGAGGACAGGAAAAGCAUCGAAACAGUCAAUCAGUUGGCCCACGCUCUUCACAUGGACAGGGAUCUUGACUCGGGCUGUCUAGUCAGAGUGUUUUGGCCCAAAACUAAGUGAGCCCUGUUGAGAGAUGAUCUGGUCCUAAUGGACAGCCCGGGGACCGAUGUCACAUCAGAACUGGACAGCUGGAUUGACAAGUUCUGUUUAGAUGCUGAUGUCUUUGUGCUCGUGGCCAACUCUGACUCUACCAUCAUGAACACUGAGAAGCACUUUUUCCACAAAGUGAAUGAGCGCAUUUCAAAGCCCAACAUUUUUAUCCUGAACAAUCGCUGGGACGCAUCUGUCCUGGAGCCAGAGUAUCUGGAAGAUGUGCGGAAGCAGCACAUGGAUCGCUGCAUCAGUUUCUUGGUGGAGGAGCUGAAGGUAGUGGAUCUCAACAAAGCACCUGAUCGCAUCUUCUUUAUCUUUGCCAAGGAGGUGCUGAGUGCCAGGAUGCACCAGGCCCAGGGGAUGCCAGAGACUGGCGGCACUUUGGCUGAAGGAUUCCAGGAGCGACUGACAGAGUUCCAGAGUUUUGAGAGAACAUUUGAGGAAUUUAUCUCCCAGUCUGCGGUGAAGACAAAGUUUGAGCAGCACACAAUCAGAAUCUGGCAGAUCACAGAGUCAGUCAAGGCUAUCAUGGAUGCCAUCAAUAUUUCUUCAGCAGAGAAGAAAAUUUUCUCCCUGGAAGAACGUGAGGCUCUCGUGGACCGGUUGGAGUUUGUAAGAAAUCAGCUGAACUUCCUAACCGAGAACGUCAAAGACAAGAUAAAGGCUGUUACGGACGAAGUGGCCGCCAAGGUAGCCAAUGCACUGGCUGAAGAGAUUCAUGGCCUGUCUGUUCUAGUGGAUGAAUUCUGCAUUGAUUUUAGCCCUGUACAAAACUGUGAUUGUUCCAAGCUUUAUAAAAAACAUCUGGCGUAUGUAGAAGAGAGAAUGGUGAAAAAUUUGGACCUCCGUUGUUCUAGUUGUAUUAAUGGUUGUGUGCUGACAUCUCAGAGAGAUAUUAUGGACACAAUACGUCCUCUGCUGCCCCCUGCUGCCCGAGGUCAACUACAGCUCCCCAACAGGAAGUUUAAUAUGGCCUAUGACCUAAAUUUUGCCAGCCUGUGUGCAGAUUUCGAGGAAGACAUCGAGUUUCGGUUCUCACUGGGCUUGACAUCUUUGGUGAACCGUUUCCUGGGCCCUGCAAAAGCGAGACAAGCAUUGAGCCUGUUGGAUCAAAAUGUCAAAGCCACAUCCUCUUCUGCUCCCAUUGGAACCCAGACCCAUGAGGAGCUGGCCAUCUCCAUGGCAACAGGGCUGGUCUCGCUCCCUUCAAGAGCAUCAAUGAACAUGUUGGUUAUAGCUGGAGUGGUGUGGAGGUCUGUGGGAUGGAGGGUUGUUGUUCUUUCUGUGAGUCUCUACAGUUUGCUCUACCUGUAUGAAAGACUCACUUGGACCAAUAGCUCUAAAGAGAGAGCCCUCAAACAGCAGUCUGUGGAUUAUGCAACUCAAAGACUAUAGGCCAUGCUUCAUAUUAUCAGUAGCAAUUGUGGACAGCAGGUUCAACAGGAGAUGGUAGCCGUCUUCGCCCGCAUGUGUCAACAGGUUGAUAAGAGCGAGAUGGAGCUUGAAUCGGAGAUCCGCAGACUCACUGCCAGGAUCCAGCAUCUGGAGAGUGUCCAGAGACACUCCAAAAUGCUCAGGCAUAAAGCCACUGAUCUGGAAUUACAACUGGAGUCUUUCUCCGCUCAGUAUCUACAGAUUCAACAUUAACUACCCAGAGCAGAGAUGCUGGUGGGCUGGAUUUAGAUUGUCCUCUAAUGUUCAAAGCUGAAACAUCUUCAGAUUUCAGUAACACCAUGAGUUAGUCGAGGAGAUCA